AUGUUCACCCAACCGGUCGUCUCGCCGCCGGCUGUAGCGCCGCCACAGUCGUCGUCGACGUCAACUUCGCGGCCAAGUCGACUGCGAGGCCUCAGCUACCUACGCAACUAUACACAGAAUCAUUUGCUCUCGCGCGACAGCAGCCAUCACAGCGGCGCAAACGGAAGCGGAACAGGCUCUGGAGCCGGCAGCCCAGGUGCAAGUGGGAGCACGUCCCCUAAUCGACACGGCUCUAGCCUCACGCGAUCCCUCAGCCAUUCGCCUACCACUACGAGUGGACCGCCCGCCGGAGCCCAGAACGCCAAUAAUACCAACCACUUGACCCUCGUCAGUUCGACCCCCGAUCCCGUGAGGAUUUUGACCACCACAACCUCGCUGCCUGUUGCAGCUACUUCUGCCUCGCCUGCAGUCCCUACUUCAGGAGCACCCACUUCUGCUCCCGCUCCCGCUUCCGCUUCCACGCAGCAACCCGAGGCCCACGACCCCACCAACAACACCACCACUGUUGCAGAUUCCUCCUCACCCGCAGACAUCGCGACAUCUUCUGCCCCCGAAUCCGCUCAAGACCAAGCCGCCAUGACGCGAUCCCGAGCUCCCACCGGCGCCGAUACGGGCUCCGCAACCCCUGAGAAUGCUCCGUCAAUCCGAUUCUGUGCCUACUUCGAUCCUCGCUCCACCCGCCCGUCGCUCACCUUCCCCCCGAUCUCCAGGACUCUGCCCACGGGCUCAGAGAGAAUCCGUGUCGGCCGUUACUCGGAGCGUGACAGCCACUCCAUGUCCAACAUGCCCGGAAACCAGCCGUCGGCCGCCCCAGUUGGCUUUAAGAGCAAGGUCGUCAGCCGCCGCCACUGCGAGUUUUGGUAUGAGGAUGGCAAAUGGUACAUCAAAGACGUCAAGAGUUCCUCAGGAACCUUUUUGAACCACAUCCGCCUGAGCCCACCUUCCCAGGAGAGCAAGGCUUUCCCAGUUAAUGACGGCGAUAUCGUGCAGCUGGGAAUUGACUUUAAGGGUGGUGAGGAAAUGAUCUUUCGAUGCGUUAAGAUGCGGUUGGAGCUCAACCGAGGAUGGCAAAACAAGCUCAACUCUUUCAAUAUGGCGGCCCAUAAGCGGUUGCAAACAAUGGCUACGAGUGGCGGAGCGGCUGGUUCUAACUCUCAAGAUUGCUCCAUCUGCUUGAGCUCUAUCGCGCCAUGCCAAUCUUUGUUUGUGGCGCCGUGCUCUCACACCUGGCAUUUCAAGUGUGUGAGAUCACUUCUUACAUCACCACAGUAUCCGAUCUUCCUCUGUCCCAACUGUCGUGCCGGUGCCGAUCUGGAAGCAGACGUGGACGAGCUGGCUGAAGAGUGGGAACAGAUGAAAGAGGAGGCGGAAGCGGAAGCGGCUACACCAGCCAAGGCGGACACAGAGUCCGAGACAGAACAGGCACCCCCCGUUGCUACCCCGGGAAGGUCGACACCAGAACGGUCCAACACGUGUGACAGCGACCCGAUGGACGUUACUGUUAACAUAACCCCUGAGACACCUCAGCGACACGAAGUCUCUCAUACCGUUUCCGAACCCCUACCCAUCAGGAAUGCAGCGUCGGGUGCGGGUCGCUCUGGACAGAUACGGGAUAGCCGAACGCCAUCACCGCCUGGGAUGACCAACGGCGCCGAGGGCCCGAUUACGCCCAGAAACAACGUCGGGCCCUGGGUAUUUGACGGAAGUGCCGGCCGGGCUGCGGCACCAACAUCAGCCGAGAUGACAAGUAUAGACGCGGCUGCAGAAGUGGAUUUGAGCGCAGAUGACAAAGACUCGAGUUCACGAUAG